AACACUUCCAUGCAACAGCUUGCAAGUGUCCUCCCAAGUUAAAUCUAUCAUAUAUCCAUCAUAUUUAUGAGCCAUGCACCCGGCUUUACAAAACCUCGAAGUAAUAUGCACGAUUAGUUCAUACGUGGAACGCACAUCGCUUCCUGCACUUGCAUCCACAUGCCGCGAAUUCGAGCACCCAGCACUUGAUGUCCUCUGGAGGGAUUUGCACUCCGUGAGUCCACUUGUCAACUGUUUACCAAGUGACCUGUUUGGCAGUGACCAUGGAUGUUCGGUAUUGCAGAAACCUCCUGAUGGCAAGGUGUGGGAUACUCUUUUCAAGUGCGCGUCACGCGUGCGCUCCAUCACUAUAACACGUUCAUAUAGGUCGGAAAAUCCUCAGACUGAGGCUCUCAGUUUGCUAAUGCUGUCUUGCCCUUCGACACCUGCGUCCUUUUUUCCGAAGCUUCGCAAAUUAACGUUGUACGACAAUGGAACCCGCUCCACCGCAGAGUUCUUGCGCAUGACUUUCGUACCCUCGCUAGUGGAAUUGAACCUGCAGAUUACUUCAGCUUCCUCCACCACUCUCCCUGUCCUCUCAUCUCUUGGGACCUUGUGUCCUAAUCUCCAGCGCAUGACCGUGCAAGUUGCACGUGCAAGGGAUGACUGGUUGCGUAAAACUUUGCCCUUCCUCAUACAAUCUGUUUCCCAGCUCCACCAUCUUCACACUUUGUCGGUAUGUGACCUAGGUCACAAAGGCAUGGAGUACCUCAUGCAGCUGCGUGCUCUGCAGUCACUAUCCUUGGAUUUGACCACAUCAUCGAGCUGGGAUACCCUGCCGCAAGUGCAAUCCCCCGGCUUCCAGGAUCUGAAAUUGUUGAAACUUUCUACCCGUACUAUCGAGCACGCCUCGAACUUCUUUAGGUCACUCCAGAUCGUCAGAAGCAGGGGGAUCAGUUUCAACUUCGCGUCCCACCAUGCAGGGUCCUCAGCCAGUGGGUCUGCGAUGCUCUCCCAGUUCCUCGCCAUCCUUCAAGAGAAAUGUGAUAACGACAAACUCGAAUCAUUCUCUUUCAUUCGAUUGGGGAACAUGCAGCCCACAGAAUUAGGCAUCUUCACAUCAUUGCAUGCGUUUCGCAAUUUAACACAGCUGGUCAUCGAGGAGGAUUGCGAUAUCUCAAUGUCUGACGAGGAGCUAUGCCAGUUGGUGAAAGCCUGGCCUAAGCUCCGAGUCCUCAAAUUGGGCCUCUAUAAUACCAUCACAUUACCCACAUUCAACGGGCUAAUAGAGUUGCUUCGGCUCUGCCCUGUGCUGACUUCGCUCUCUCUUGUCAUCGAUGCCACGGAGUUGGACGGCAUAGAUCUCAAGUGCCCCGGCGGUGGGCUUUGCAAUAAGCAUAUCAAAUUUCUCGCCCUCGGAAGAUCGCCCCUGAGGUCCCCGGUAAAUGUGGCUGUCAUCCUCAGCGGCCUCUUCCCAUACCUUGAGGAGGUUGAUAUUUGUGGUUCGGCUUCAAAUAAAUGGAUAAUAGUCAAUGACUUUCUCAGUGGCUUCCGCCUUGUGAGGGAGCAGCGCAUUGAAGCAUGUGUUUGUUCCGAUCUCUAGGUUAUGGUUGAAAUCGUUACCUACACUUUUUGGUACGCGCAAAUACAGUACUUGCGACAGUUGGCAAUUCACAGAUAUCGAUCAGCUCCCUGGCACGACAGCCUUAUGCUUCUCGUUCUCUAUUGUUCAGUCUCUCACAACUUGUGAAUAUCGUGCUCGGACGUUGGAUUACUUUCGACAGUCCGACGUGAAGUUGGAUGGAUUUCAUUCUUUAUACUUCGAAGGUCGCGAGUUGGAAACGUCCGUGAACUGC